AAUAAUGCUCUUUUAUUGGUUGAUUCUAGUACCUCUCUAUGGUGGAUCUACUGGAGUCUAUUGACUGUAUGGUGAAAAACGGCCCUUACAGAAAGUUUAGGCCUGAUGUUCCAGUCCACAGAAAUGCAAGGCAAUGGUGGAAAUACGGCAUCAGCAGUAUACUGGAAGUGCAUGUCAGGCGCUUCAACCAGAUGUGGAACUGGACGAACAUCAAGAAGCACCGACAGACGCUUAAAUCUUACAAAGCAGCAUACAAAGUCAAACUCACACAAAGUGCGAAAGUACGAGAAGACACAGAGAAGCAGAUUCAGGUAUUAACUGUAGAUCUGGAUCACAAUUCUGAGUAA